AAUCGUCCAAAAUCGCGUGACGUCAUUUAUGGACGGCCCCCUGUCUGUCCUACACGGAUUUGUCUCUGAACGCACACUCUUAGUUUCGUACACCCCUCCUCCACCCGACAUAGCCAAUGAAAGUUGUCACGUCGUGAAUAACACAACGCCGCCAGUGUAUUCAUGCGUGAGCAGCAGCAGCAGCAGCAACGGCCACGCUAAAGAGAAGUCCACACAGCACCCUGAACAAUCGAGUUCCCCUAGUAGAGGUGGAGAGUGGGGUUCAAAACGCCGCUCUGUUACGUAACAAGCAGCGUGGCUGCAGUAGCCCACGUGACCGUGCUCUAGGGGAACGCCCCCACCGGAAACUUGCGGUGACGUCACGUUCACGUGACCGUGACGUCACUCUUGCGACGCCACUCGGGGACAACGGUCAGACACGCGCAGCAGCUCGCAAGCGAGGAUGGGGAAUUCCGAGGUGCUGCUUGACCUCCUCUGGCGAAUGUUGUACAACUGGAUCAGCACUGUAGGAGGAGAAGAAGGAGAUGUCGUUGAGAAUCCCUGCGACAGCUGCCCUUGCGAGCUGCCCCCAAAAGCUAACCCCUCCACGGGCAUCGACGCAGUGAUGGCUGCAAUCUUGGCGUUCACGGCAGCGUCCGUGAUGUUCUGGGCCGUGCUCUACUUUUACGUCAACAAUAGCUACAGAUACAAACGGGAAAAUGCAGAGCUCCAUCUGCAGUUGGAGAUGAUGCGUCGACAGCUCAACGAGCUGGAGAAAGCCACGGCCACGGUCUCCACCAACACCACCACUGCCUCCAACGCCACCCUGGCAGCCACAUGCAGUUCCGCCGCCACCACCAGGGAUGCUGCUGGGAGAUGCAUCAACACCCCCACCCCGACUGCUUCUGGCAUAUUAUUCACCCCCACCGCUAUGGCGCUUGAUGUUGGCAGAUUUAACGCUGUCACCCCAAUUGCUGCUGGCAGCUCCCUCACCGUCACCACCACCCCGGCUGCUGCCUGGAGAUUAAUCGCCCCCUUUACCACCACGGUCGCCACAUACAGAUCCAACCCCCCGGCUGCUGCCACGAGAUCUAACGCUGCCACCCCAGCUGCUGCUGGCAGCUCCCUCACUGCCACCACCAACCCAGCUCAUGCUGGUAGAUGCACCACUGCCUCCCCAGUUUCUGCCGGGAGAUCCACCACCAUCAACAUUGGUGCCACCACCACCGCCUGUGCCAAAGCCCAAAGGAUCGCCAAAUUGCGUAAUUUUAUUCGAGAACUCCAACGGUCGGCUACUACUAGAAGAUUCACCGCCACUACCCCUGCAUCUGUCGGUCGAUCCAUCGAUACCACCCCUGCAUCUGCAGGCCGAACCACCUCCACCACUCCUGGCUCUGCAUUUGUCAAUAUCCCUUGAGAAAUAAACUGUUGGACCCUGA